GUGCUGACACAGAAAAUGAUGCAUGCACUUGGCUACAUUGGAGAAUCCUGCGAUGAUGCUUAUACAGUCGACUUACUAACUGCCAUGAAGUGGUGCGAGUCUGCGUGGGAUAAUGUGUCAGCUUCUACGAUUCAGAAGUGCUGGUUGCACUCCGCGCUCAUUAGUAAAAGCAGUGUGUCAUUUAUUCUUAACUAA